AUGGCGCCAAGGAAAAUGAAGUGUUUGAAACUCACCACACCAUCGUGCCCUCAGAUCAAUGCGUGGAUUGCUAGCAAAGCAGCUUGCAAAGACCCAUACUAUGGAAAGUGUUAUGGGAUCCCUCUUGCAUGUCCUCCCGGUUGCCCUAAGCUUUGUGAGAUUGAGUGCAAGGCUUGCAAACCUUAUUGUGCAUGCGACAAGCCAGGAGCUAUAUGUCAAGACCCAAGAUUCAUCGGAGGCGAUGGAGUCAUGUUCUAUUUCCAUGGGAAGAAGGACAAGGACUUCUGCCUCAUCUCAGACCCUAAAAUCCACAUCAAUGCACACUUCAUUGGCAAGAAGAGCAAAAAAGGGAGGGACUUCACUUGGGUGCAAGCCAUUGCCCUUCUUUACAAACAACAUAAAUUGUACAUAGGAGCCAAAAAUGUCACACAUUGGCAUGACACAAAUGAUAACAUGUUGAUGCAUUUUGAUGAAGGAGAUGUACAAAUUCCCUUCGGCGAAAGCCAGGAAUGGCGGUCCCCGAAAGCGGGAAUUAUCGUCAAGAGGACCGCGAUGACGAAUGUAGUAGAGGUUGAGGUUUUAGAGGUGAUGAAAAUGAAGGUGAGAGUUGUGCCAAUUACAAUGGAGGAAUCAAGAGUUCAUGGUUAUGAUAUUAGUGAAGACGGCAACUGUUAUGCUCACUUGGAACUUGGUUUCAAGUUUGAGUCACUUAGUGGUGAUGUAAAUGGUGUUUUGGGACAAACUUAUGCAAGUGGAUAUAGAAGUAGAGUCAAGAUGGGGGCUGCGAUGCCAAUAAUGGGAGGUGCUAAGAAGUUUCAAACUUCAAAUAUUUUUAGUGUUGAUUGUGUUGUUUCUAGGUUUGGUUUGGAGAUGAGUAUUUGA